AGCCAUGUACAUUGCGCAUGCACAAUGUGCAAAAGUGAAUCAGGGAAGAAAGGUGGAAGAUUUUCGCUAAAAUCGAUGACAUUUUCGAAUGCGAGAAACGGUCUGACGAAAGCUGCCGUGGCAAAAGAACCGCCAAUGGGAUCGCGACCAUUUUCCGUUUUUCGACGCCGUUCGAUGAGUCAUUUGAUUGGAAAGCGAAGGACGAGGAGAGGUCUGCUUUACACGCUGUCCAGAAUUAUUAGAACGCGACGCUUCAGUUCGAAAGAAUUUGUUUACUGCAGAAUUCGACCGGCGAUGGCAUCAGAAAGGAACGACGCCUGUGAUCCAAGCGACGUUAUUUUGCAGGAAAAUUCGGAUGCCGAGACGCAAUGUGAACAUAAAUUGAGCAAAAAACCAAAGAGAGUGUUGCAAUUUUCGGAUGGUGUAAUGGAGGAAUAUUCAUCAGAAGAUGAGGUUGAUGCACCAAAGAAUAAUAAGACUAUGUCGCAUAUAGAUACUAAAAAUAUGAAUUGGUUACCAUGGGCAUGGUAUCAAACCACAUCGCUAAGUUCUAAAAUGUUAGACGGUUGUGAUUACAUCGGGGAAUGCCUGGCCAAUUUCUUUGGCAUAACAGCGCCCAAGUAUCAGUUCGAGAUCAAUGAGUUUUAUAGGCUACAAGCACUUGAAAGAGAAAUGUUUCGUAAGCAAGAUUUGGAAAUGGGUGGAUGGAGUGAACAAAAGAGGAACAAUCUCAUAGCGAGUAGUGAUACUAUAUUGGUAAAUGAAUAUAAGUAAGCACAUUAAGCGUGGAUUUUAUAUUGAGAAACAUGUUACAAAUGUCUAGUGUAUAUUUUAGAAUACGCUUAGAACAUUGCCUAUUGGUAGCUUUAAUUGACAAAGAUUUGUUUUGUGUUCAAAUUCUAAAUUCUCUAGCAAAUUCACAAAUGGAAAUAAUAGUUGAUUGAAUGGUUUUAGCUAUUUUUCUAUGCAAUAUUAAAGUUUUUUAAA